GUGUUCAAAGGUACUCUUUGAAUUCUACUAACACAUAGCUACAACACAGUCUAUCCGCUUCUGCAGAAUUUUUCUCGUUUCGCAUUAAAAAACCUACAAACUAAGCAGUCAUGCCGAAAAGAAACAAAGCAAACAAUGACACUGAGGCAGUUGAGCCCAAGAGGAGGUCGGAGAGACUCCAAGCCAAACCACAGCCAAAGUCGGAGCCAAAGCCAAAGCAAAAGGCCCCUCCCAAGCAGAAGAAGGUGAAGGAGGUAGAGAAGGCGAAGCCUGAAGAAAAGAAAGAAGAGACCAACCCUGAGCCAGAAGUAGAGAAGGAAGCAGAACAGGAAGAGGCUCCAGCUGAGAAUGGAGAGACUAAAGCUGAAGAGGAGGCACCAGCUGCAGAAGAGCCUGGACAGAAAGAAGAGGAAGAGGAGGAAGAGGAAGAGGAGGAAGCAGCGGCAGAAUAACAUCACCAUGGUCUUCACCAGAGCUCCCCAUACCUCUUUUCUUGUACAAUGCAGAGGAAUAUUUUUUAUCAACUAUUUUCUAAAAAUGCAGGUUUUUUUAGUAGUUCGAUAAUAGAAACACAUUUUAUAGAAAAUUUAAUGAGAAAAAAAAAACGCCUUAGGAGAGGGAAUUCGCCACACCCCACACUUUAUAUCUCCUAACGUGGGGUGACGGCUGUGAAACGAUCAGUGAUG